AAACAAUUGAGUUAAUAUACGGUGGUUUCCAAUUUGGCAGAAAGGACAACUGAAACAGGAUGUGGUAGACCCUUUCUAAAAGGGUAUAUUUAAAAAAAUGGAAACAGAUAUAUUUCUCCCUUUCCCAUCAUGCUAAGGAACAGACCCUGCAAGUUGCAUAAACUUUAUGAGGAAGGGAGUCCCCCAGAGCAAAAAGGGAUUUAAAAAGACAACGGUUAAAAUUUAUCCUGAAUCGUGCCAAUAAAUUUCGUUUUCAGUUCUUUUGGGGUUGGCAAGAACGCACUUCAUUGCAAGGCGCAGGACUUUUUAUACUUCUAAUUUGCAAGGACAUUCCCGUUUUCACGUCCUGUAAAGUCCAUCAACAUCACUAGCAAACCAAUGCAACACAAUCACUAUACUAGUACGUGGAAUAAAAACUGAGUAACAGGAGAAAUUAGGUAGCACUAUUCGGGAGGCUGGUCCUGACAGCAGAAUCAAUCAGUAGAUGCAGCAACACAUUUGUGCAAAUCGAAGUGUUAGGGCAAGAUUGACAUGGUCUCUUGGAAGGCUAAAACAGACAAGUCCUGGGACUAUCUGCUGUGAAUCGACACGGCGAUGCAUUUGCAAGUGGAAGUAACCAGGAAGUAACCAGCCCAUAAUGGUAUGAUUGGCAUCAAUGUUAAGGAAGAUGAUAGAGAUAGAAACAGACAGACAGACAGACAGAUGUCACUUGAGCAUUGUGAUUCACAAAGGCAAAAGUCCACGUUCCUUAAGGAACCAGCAGUUGGCCUGUCCUGCGUAAAUGUAACAUGGCUUGUCCAAUUUGUAUGAGGCAAUUUGGGGCACACCCACCAGGAAGCUAUGAGAUGCCUGCACAGUGAACUUUGCAAGAAAUAGUGGCUGAGCUGCGCUUCAGCACUGACCACAAAGUGAACACUUUAAAAGAGAGAGAGGUGCAGAUUUCCCCAUGUACAAGCUUGAGAGAUCAGUUGUCCCUUUGCGGGGUGUGAAGAUACGGGGGAAGGAGUUGAAAGGAAGAAGGCAGACCUGCCACUGAUGAAGUCAUGGGACAUGACUUUUGCUGCUCUGUUGAAAAGGAGAAGUCAGCUGCAAGCCCCUGAGGUCGGAAGCGGAGAGGAAACCGAUCAGCCAUCACCUCAAGAUGAUGACUUGCGUUCCCCAAGUCUGGGUGCUAGCUCUCCUGUCACUGCGAGGGAUUUUUUCCCGGGUCCUAACCGAACGCCUCAACUUGCAGGAAGGUCAGAAUCUGGAUCUCUACUGCGUUAACAACAGAGGCAACACCUCAGCUCUAGAAUGGAAGGAUCCCCGUGGUUUUGCGAUAUUUUUCAAUGGCUGGCAAGUCACAAGAGAUGGAAGGUAUGAACUUCUGCGUUACUCCAACGAUUCACUGUCCAUCCGUCUUUCCAAUAUAACAAGACACGAUGAGGGGCUGUUCACAUGUCUUUACUACAGCGACACCAUUGGAAGCAAACUAGUGAGCGUUACAGUUUGGGCUCCACCUUCCAAACCUUUAUUGGAAGUUUUGAGGACCCCAGAAAAACACACAGAAGAAAAUCUUGUCUUAAGGUGUUCCACUGAUGACAGCUGGCCUGCUCCUCAGAUCACCUGGCUGCUACAGAACGGAGUGGAGAUCUUUGGAAAUGCUCAACACCAACUGGAAGCCAAGAGGUUCUGUUCCAUAAGCAACUUGACUAUCUAUGCAUUCCCCCAGGGCUCUAUCAUUUCUUGUGUGAUACACCACAAAGCCCUAGGAAGAAGAAAUUUAACUGUGACUUUGCACCUAGACCAUGCCAAACAAAAACAGAAGACAGAAGAAACAUUUAGCAUUCCAACAUUGUCCCCAACCAGGGAAGCAGAAACUCAAAGUUCUAAUGCCAUCAACGAAUCCAAUCCAAUAUUCAACAUGACAGAAGGAAACCCAACCACACAAACACCAUUCCCAAGUAAUCCAAUAUUCAACAUGACAGAAGGAAACCCAACCACACAAACAUCAUACAGAGAAACAAACAUGACUUACAAAGGCUUUAUGGAGGGACAAGCCAUCUUUUUAUUCCCGGGCCUUGUGUCUAUGCUCCUUCUCGCUCUCUUCAUCGUGGUCUUUCUCUUUGUGGUGAAGCUGUGGAAAGCACAUAGGGACUGGAAAAAAGAAAAUAAUCCUUCUGAACAAACCAUUGAGAGUUUCAGGCCUAAAGCAAACGAAGCCCCUUGCAGACUCAAAAAGAAUAUAUGCACAAUCCCUUGGAGGAUCAAUGAGAAGUAUGUAAUUCAAGAAUCGUCUACCCGGACACCAAAACCUUCAGAAGAAAGUCAGGAUUCUUCAGUCUUUGAAAAAGAGUUCUCCCACUUUAAAGAAACGGAUCUAUAACACUAGGAACAAUCUUGCACUGUCUUUAACAGCAAGAACCAUCUUCUCUUCCAUUUUUUUCUUCCUGCGCUGCGCCAUUCUGCAAAACUCUCUUCAAAAAUCCAGAUUUUGGAGAGGAUUUCAGAUGAGAACAAUAUUGCAAAUAAAGUGAUAACCGUACUAUAAAGGCC